CACCUCUUAACUGUUGGUUGAACUCGGCCAUAACGUCAGAAGAAGAAGAAGAGGGAAAUUUAAAAUUUCAGCUAACCUCAGUGGUGGGCUCAGUACCUGUUCCUGCCACACAGCUCGAAGCUAGUAGUAGCAGCCUCACCAGUAAAGAACAUGAAGACGAAGACGAAGAAUCGGGAUCCUGUGGCGAACAGUACUGAAGAGCGUUGUGCUCUUUGUAAACUCGACGAGGACAGUCCGGACAAGUAUGGGGAAAAGAUAACGAGUAAAAAAGACAAAAUUACUGUGCACUACUUCUGCCUGCUGAUGGCCAGUGGUAUUUACCAGCGAGGGGAGGAGAACGAAGGCAUCUGUGGCUUCUUGCUGGACGAUAUCAAGCGGGAGGUCCGCAGAUCCUCUAGGCUGACAUGUAAUAGUUGUAAGAAGAAGGGUGCUUCCAUUGGCUGCUACAUCAGAAGCUGCAGGAAGACUGUCCAUUUCCCCUGUGGGAAACAACAGCAGUUCAACUUCCAGUUCACAGGAGAAUUCCCGUCCUACUGUAUGGAGCACAGCCCCAAACAGUCUGCAUCAUGUGACGCAAGCCUGCCACAGUCCUGCUCCGUGUGUCUGGGGCACCUGGAGCCAGACCUGUCCUUCUCUGUCCUCAAGUGUCCCUCCUGCCUCAACAGCUGGUUCCACAGAGAUUGUGUCCAGCACCAGGCACACAGUGCAGGCAUGUUCUUCUUCAGAUGUACACUGUGCAACAACAAGGAACAGUUCCAGGAGGAGAUGCUGCGCAUGGGCAUCUACAUACCUGAAAGAGAUGCAUCUUGGGAGUUGGAGGAGAAUGCCUAUGGAGAGUUGUUGCAGCUAUAUCAGCACUGUGACGCUGUCAAAUGCAUCUGCGACAGCGGAAGGUCCUCUUCUUCCAAGAAAGGCUGGUUUGAGCUACUGCGCUGUAAGCUGUGUGGCUCCAGAGGAACACACCGGAAGUGCUCCUCGCUGGAACUCCAGUGCAGCACCUGGGUCUGUGACGACUGCUUGGUGACCGUGGACGGCACAGCGUCUCUCCCCAGCCCCAGGCGCCUAGAUGCCCAGGAGUCUGGAGAACAGAGGAGGGGUUCCAAACGACACACCCCCUCCCUCCAUCCAGCUCUUGUCUGCAAAAGGCCAUCGUUGUCAGGAAGCACCCCAGCAGAAAUGCUUCAAGCCCUGGCCAGCCAGCUGCUCCAGCAGCCCCCCUCCAGCCCCAGUACCAGCCCCAGUACCAGGUCCAUCCACAGGACCAGCCCCAGACCUAUCAGGAGAUCCAUCCCCAGCCCGAGUCUGGCCCCCGUCCCCAUAGAGGUGGUUGUGUCAAGGGAUCAGGUCCUGAGAGCUGCCCUGGAGCUGGUGAAGAGCAGCCAGUUCAGCCCAGACAGGCCCCUCUGUGUUCGCUUCACCGGCAUCCAGAGGACUCUCUCUCCCAGGAAGCCGGACGUAGGGGACACACGAUGCUUCCUGCGUCUGCUCGUCAGGCACAUCCAGAGGUUGACGCUGUUCGAAGGGCCCGAGGGAGUCAAAAAUCUGUCUCUUGACUCACAAGCUCUGCGUGAGGACUUGUACUACGAUGUGGGCUGUCUGCUAUCCCUCAGCCUGGUCCAUGGAGGUCCUCCUCUCGGCUUCUUCUCCAGGGCGCUGUACCAGUGUCUGUUCAACUACCCCCGAGACUCACCCCUCGGCCUGGACGACAUGGGAGACACGCGCUUCGCACGCAAAGUCCGACAGAUCGAGGGGUCCACUACGGUUGAGGAGCUGAGGGAGGCCAUGCAGGCAGCAGCAGAAUACCUUGAGGUGGCAGGCUGCAUGAGAGCGGUCAGCAGCCUGGCAGAUAAGCAGGCCCUACUGGAGGAUGUUGUGAGCUUCCACCUUAUCACCAGGAUGCAGCUGCCCUUCCAGAGGUUUUGUGAGGGCCUGAAGACACUGGGUGUGUUUCAGCAGGUCCAGAUGUUUCCGGAAGUUUUCUUCAAGGUGUUCUGUGGUCCGUCUGAGAAGCUAAAUGCAGACACAGUCUUCAGCCUCUUCACUGUCGUCUUCUCUGACGACCAAAACCUGUCAAGGAAGGAGACCGUGGUGGUGACCUUCUGGAGACACUUCCUCCUGGAGUGUGAAGAGGGCCGCUGUGCUUCUUCUUUGGAGGACGUGCUGGUGUUCUCCACCGCUGCAGAGGAGGUACCCGCCGCAGGGUUCCACCCCACCCCCAGCAUGGCCUUCCUCCACCCCCUGGAGCCAGCAGGGGCCUUCCCCACCAGCACGCCCAGUGCCAACUGCCUCUAUCUGCCCGUGGUGCCUACAUACGAAACCUUCAAGAAGCACAUGGAGUAUUCCAUCUGCCAGCUCGCCAUCAUGCAGAUAAUGUGAAGGACAGAUCGACUUUUGUACUCAACGACCUGUUGAAUCAGUUGGACCUCCUACGAAUGUGUCAUCGGUUGAUCUUCACUACGACUACAUCUUCAAUUGCUUGACAGUGUGAACUGAUACCACGUUCACACACAAGCCCUAAACCCUAUUGAUUUAUGUUCAGAUCUUCAAAAGGGGGGUUGGAAAUUGAGGGAUUUAGAACCAAAUUUGUACUUUGAGUUUACCGUACUUCCCGUCCUUGACCUUAAGGUAGAGGGUCAUUAACUGUAUGCAAACUUCUGUCUGUUUAACUUUGUGGAUGUUUUUGUCUUGGAUAUAACGGUUUUUUAUAUUAGGAUUUUUUAUCGAUCAUAGCUGUAAUUAUGCUUUUAUAUAGACUAAAUGUUUUCCAUCAUGUUUGUAUUGGCCCUGGUAGAUUUUAAACUGUAUGGUGCUGACUCAACAAGGGGGUUAUGCAUCUGAUUGUUUUCUGUUUUUAUAUUACAUUCUACAUGGAACAUGGGAUAUUCCAUAUAAAUACACAAUUCAAUCUGUCUUGAGAUUUAUUUAAUUAUUUU